AUGCCUUUUGCUAGUCAGGAAUUUCGCAGAUUUGCAACAGAAUGGGGUUUUAAGGCAACUACCUCGUCUCCCAAAUACCCGCAAUCAAAUGGUCUAGCGGAGCGGUACAUUCAGACCAUCAAGCGAUCCCUCAAGAAAGCAGAUGCUGAAGGGAAAGAUCCGUAUCUAGCCCUACUCAACCUACGAAUUGAGGACAAAACUUCCUUCAGACCAGGAUUUCUAGACCACAGGCGACGGCAGGAAGCAGCACAGCAGUUGCAACACCGGCAAUUAAAGCAGAAGCAAUUCUACGACCGAGGAUCGGUUUCUAGAGACCGACUAUCUCCAGGAGACGUAGUGCGGGUGCAACGAGGGAAAGAGUGGGAUCCAGCGGUAGUAGCAGCUGUUCACAAAUCUCCACGCUCUUAUGAAGUCCAACAGGGGAGUCAAACACUACUGAAAAACAGCCGUCAUCUUCGGGCGUCUAAGGAACCCAGGCCUCGGUCCACACCAGGACGUGAUGAUUUGGAUGAGAUCCCUCCUUAUCAAGACCAAGACUCUAGUGCCUCGGUCUCAGCUGACGACCAGCACCCCGAACCACAAGAAAGCAGCAUCGAACCAUUGAACAAACCCCACAAGCCCUACGUGACGGCCAGUGGUAGAGUGGUACGAAAACCGGUGAAGUAUAGAGACUACGUUUGA